CUAUUAUUGACCGUGUAGCAUCUUUCCUGUCCUUGGAUGUCGAUGUUGUGAGAAAAAGAAAUUUGCAUACAUAUGAAAGCCUGAAGUUUUUUUAUGGAAGUAGCAGUGGAGAAGCUCCGGAAUAUACUUUACCUGCUAUAGUUGAUGAGUUGUUUACAUCUGCAAGCUACUUCAAUCGUCUUGAAAUGGUAUUGCAUUUCAAUAGUUGCAACAAAUGGAAAAAACGAGGGAUUUCUUGGGUACCAAUUGUAUAUGAAGUGGAACCAAUGCCAACACCAGGGAAAGUAUCCAUUCUAAAUGAUGGUUCAAUUGUUGUUGAAGUCGGAGGAAUUGAAAUAGGCUAGGGACUGUGGACAAAGGUGAAGCAAAUGGCUGCAUUCGGUCUUGAACAGCUAUGGGAUGAAGAGAAAAAAUAUCUUUUGGAUAGGGUUAGAAUCAUUCAAGCAGAUACUCUGAGUUUGGUUCAGGGAGGUUUAACUGCUGGAAGCACCAAAUCUGAAGCAAGCUGCGAAGCAGUUCGUCUAGCAUGCUCUAUUCUAGUCAGCAGAUUAAAGCCUCUUAAGCAAAGUUUGGAAGAGCAAAUGGGAUCAAUUUCAUGGGACACCCUUAUUACCCAGGCAAAUUUGCAAUAUGUGAACUUAUCAGCGAGUACAUUUUGGGUUGCUGACGAUACUUCAUCAUAUCUAAAUUAUGGGGCUGCUAUAAGCGAGGUAGAAAUUGAUGUUCUCACUGGAGCUACUACGAUAUUGAGAGCAGACCUUACAUAUGACUGCGGACAGAGCUUGAGUCCUGCCGUGGAUCUAGGACAGGUUGAAGGGUCUUUUGUUCAAGGAAUUGGAUUUUUUGUCCUAUUGAUUUUGUUCAAUAUAUAA